AAUGCGGCGGGAGCAGCGGCGGGAGGCAUGGCGACGGCGACGGCGAGGGCGGUGGGAGGCGGCCGGCGGCAGCUGCUGCAGUGGGUCCGCGGCCUGACGGGGAGAGCCGCGCAGCUCAGAAAUCCAUUAUUGCUAUUUGUCAGAACCAAUACAGAGAGCACCUGGUGGCACGAGCAUCUUUCGGAAGAAAACAUUCACCACUUACGAAGAAUUGUUUCUGAAGAAUACAAGUCGUUGACCGUAAACAAAUCUUGCCCACUAAAAGAUGAGCCAUGGCCCAGGUUAUCUUGGGAACCAGGUACCCGCAGGGUUGGACUUGUUGCAGCAAAGCUUGGGAUGAUGCCUUUGUGGACCAAGGCAGGCGAAAAGCAUGCAGUUACGUUACUUCAGGUCCAAGAUUGCCAUGUUGUAUCAUAUAUAUCUAAAGAGCAGUAUGAUGGGAAAAGGCCUGUGCUGGUAGUGGGUGGAAAGAAUACAUCUUUGUUUAACAAGUCAGAAUCUUUCAUGGAAAAGUACAGGCUAGCUGGCAUACCCCCAAAACGGAAAUUGACAACAUUCAAAGUCUCCGACAAUGCUAUUAUUAAACCAGGUACUCCUCUAUAUGCUGCUCAUUUUCGACCAGGCCAAUAUGUUGAUGUCACAGCAAAAACAAUUGGUAAAGGUUUUCAGGGAGUUAUGAAGAGAUGGGGAUUUAAAGGCCAACCUGCAACUCAUGGACAAACCAAAACCCAUAGAAGGCCAGGAGCUUCGGGCCCUGGCGGUGACCCUGCAAGAGUUUUUCCCGGGAAGAAAAUGCCUGGAAGAAUGGGGAACGUCUAUAGAACAGCACUUGGACUAAAGAUUUGGAGAGUGAAUACAAAACAGAACAUCCUUUAUAUUCAUGGGUCUGUCCCAGGGCACAAGAACUGUUAUGUGAAGGUCAUUGAUACGAUGUUACCUAACCGUCGAGAAGAAAAUAAGAAUCCACCAUUUCCAACUUACUUUGCGGAUGAAAGCGAAGAGCUGCCAGAAGACCUGUUUGAUGAUGAAAUGUUCCAAUUCACUGAGCCCUCUGUCAGUGUUGCCUAAUGUUUGAAGCGCACAAGGUGUCAAGUCUCUUGUCUCAGAUAUCCCGGCUGCCUCUUUCAUCCAGAGCUCGGGUUUUCUUUAUAUCUUGGCUUGUGCCAUUUGACUUAUUCAGUGAAAGCUGAGGCAAAAUUUAAACCAACAUAUCAGUGAAGAGUCACUGUAAAUUGAAAAUACAAGAAAGUAAAGAUACAAUUUGUUGUGUAACCUUGAUGUCUGAAGUUACGUUAUGGACACAGAAUAUUCCUUUAAGAGAUGAAUUUACUGCAUAAUACUACUGGGAGGCAUUAUGAAAAGAAAGAUAAUUGUGCAAAGCAGUGAAUUUUAUUUAUUGCAACCUUCCAAUGGCCUGCAGAAUUCCCAACAUUUUCCAGAUUGAUUCAAUUAAUGCAUCUGAUUAUUGUUUAAAAUAGAGAGAAUGGUUACGGGGAGUAUAUUCAGCAUAAAGUAUAUAUGAGAUAAAAACAUGUUUUUUUACCAAGUCA